UCAAUCUUGUUGUAGACGACCAUGGAAUCUGAGGGUGAGGGAGUGUCACUACCGUUGAUCCACGAGCAUCUUAUGAUGCCUUGGAAUGAUCUGCGGAAAGGUCAUUGUUGUGGACACUUCCUUGCUAUCAGUGAUGGCUAUUACUGCAAAAUCUGUGACUUCUUUGUUCACAAGAAAUGUGUAGACGAGUCCACGGAAUAUAUCGAACACCCACUCCACUCCAUUCACACUCUGAAGCUUCUUCAAAGUAAACUAGAGUUUAGAUGUGAUGUAUGUGAUGUACGUGAUGUCAUGGGCAUCGUGAAUCUAUGCUAUCGUUGUGAGAUCUGUGACUUCCAAGUGGAUCUAUACUGUGCAAAGUACCCACCGCCAGAUUUUAUUGACAUGUCCGAGACGCAUCAGCACAAGCUCACCCUUCUCAAGGAGGAGAUCAAGUUCGACUGUGAUGCUAAAUGUGGGAAGUUUGGGUAUGGGUUUCCUUACAAAUGUCAUGAAUGUGAUUUAGCCUUCCAUAUCGAGUGCGUAUGGAAUCCGCCGGAGGCAAAACACCUGUCAGAGGUAAACCACACUUACCACCCUUUACACCCUCUUAAGCUCCACACAGGUGACGUACCCCAAUAUUCUGAUGGAAAAUGUCGUCUUUGCUCAAGAUAUAUUAUUUAUGAUAAAUUGUUUUAUCAUUGUUCUGCUUGUAACUUCAGCUUGGAUAUGCGUUGUGUUUUAAACCCACCACCACAAUCUGUUAUGGAUUUGAAAGUUCACGAUCACCAACUCAUCUUGCGCCCAAGAAUUGAUUCUUUUACAUGUAAUGCUUGCGGGUUGACUGGAGAUCGAAACCCUUACAUAUGUGUUCAUUGUGAUUUCAUGAUACAUCAAGAGUGUCUUACCCUUCCACGCCUCAUAAACGUCAAUCGGCAUGAUCACCGUGUUUCUCGCACUUCUGUUCUUGGUGUUGUCAAUUCUGUGUGUGGAGUUUGUCGCCAGAAGGUGGAUUGGACUUGGGGCGGGUAUUCUUGUCAGAAGUGUCCACACUAUGUCGUUCAUUCAAAAUGUGCUACUAGAAAGGAUGUGUGGAACGGGAAAGAGCUCGAAGGAGUUCCUGAAGAGACAGAAGAUAUAGAGCCAUAUGUGGUAAUAGAUGACAACACAAUACAACAUUUCAGCCACAAAGAGCAUUACCUGAGAUUUCACGUUAACGGUCUUUUCUGGGAGGAAAACAAGCAUUGCAGCGCUUGUACCCAACCCAUUUAUCUUCAAUCCUUCUAUGGCUGUAUCGAUUGUGAUUUCAUGCUUCACCAAAGUUGUGCUAACUAUCCUAAAAAGAAGUGGCAUGUGCUACACAAUGACCGGCUUACUUUAGUUACAAGCGUGGACAAUACCUGCUGGUGUGACGCUUGUUACAGAGUAUCUAAUGGUUUCAAGUACAAGUGUGGGGAGACGGAGUUAGAUGUUCUGUGCGGUUCAGUUUCAGAGCCUUUUGUCCAUCCAAGCCAUCCCCAUCAUCCCUUAUAUUACAUUCCAUUAGUGGGAAAAAAAUUUUGCAACGGUUGCGACAAUAGGGUAUCUCAUGCGCUUACGUGCAUUGAAAGUGGUUGUGAAUUUCACUUAUGCUUCAAUUGCGCCACUUUACCACAAGUGGUAAAGCAUAGAGUAGACGAUCAUCCUCUCUCACUAUGCUAUGGCGAAAAGGCAAGUGGCAUAUACUGGUGUGACAUUUGUGAGAAAGAAACGAGUCCAAGUACAUGGUUCUACACGUGUAAAGAUCACCGAGCUAGUUUGCAUACAAAGUGCGUGCUGGGAGACUUUGCAGGGCUCAUGCCAAGAAGCACAAUAAAGCUUGAGCUUGACAACAUAUCAUUGGAGGUGGUGCUCAAUAGUAGUAUGUCUCGUCCAUUUUGCAGGGUGUGUGAGUCGCAUUGCAUGUACCCUAUCGUCUUGAAGAUGCUUGGAAUCUCAGGAGGUCAAUACAUUUGCUCUUUAUACUGCCUAGAUCGUUUAGAACUAUGAAAACAUUCUCUAUUUUCUUACUUCGGUACUUAAAUAUUUAUAAAUCUAUUUUCAAAUAAAGAAUAUUGCAAUCUCUGUAAUUUGUUUUGCCAUUAAAAUCUGUCUUUCAAUAAUUCUGUUUCUCGAAAAACCCAAAAAUGUAUUAGUUCUCAUUUAAUGAAGUCGAUUUUUCUUUAA